AUGGCACAUGGAUCAAAAUGGACACGAGAGCAGCAUCGUUACAUCAUCAUCAUGAAACUAGGCACAAAUUACCUCUGGAGGGAAAUCGCCGACCGAUUUAGGGAAAAGUUUCCAAAAACCACCGUCAAUGGCAAAGACUGCGAGUCCAAGUUUAACAAGGAGUUGAAAUUUGGAGCCGAGAGAUUCUGGGUUGAAGAUUUCAAGAGAGAUGGCACUAUCCCCGAGGGUGAUGAUGCAGGGAGAAUUAUUGGUCUUUUGGUCCUUUGGUUGGGGGAGCUUCCUCUCGAGAACCGUGAAUUGUAA